GCCAGUGGGCAUUCUCAGUCACACGGUUGUCCCCGGUGCCUUGUGACCAGGAGAGAAGCUUGCAGCCAUGGCUUUCAAUGGGACCUGGAAGGUUGACCGCAAUGAGAACUACGACAAGUUCAUGGAGCAGCUGGGCGUCAACGUGGUGAAGCGCAAGCUGGGCGAGCACGACAACCUGAAGCUCGUUAUCGAGCAAACCGGGGACAAGUUCCACAUCAAAGAGUCCAGCACGUUCCGCACCAAAGAGAUCGACUUCACCCUGGGCGUCCAGUUUGACUACUCCAUGGCCGAUGGAACCGACCUCACAGGUACUUGGGUGCUAGAGGGUGAUACCCUGAAAGGGACUUUCAACAGGAAAGACAACAACAAGGUCCUGACCACCACAAGAUCACUGGUCGGAGGAGAGCUUGUGCAGAGUUACAACUACGAAGGCGUGGAUGCAAAGAGGAUUUUCAAGAAGCAGUAACCAGGAUCCGGCUGUUCAUACUUUUACUUUUAUAUAGCUCACACAACUUUUUUUUUUUUUUUCCUUCUUAACAGUAAAGAACAACCAACCCUAAGGUGUAUUCUCAAUUCAUUUAUUUUAUCUACCUGAACAUGUUUUUAUACAUAUGUACAAAUGCCUUUGGGGAUGAAUCAUGAAUCAUGUAACGGUGAAACAAUAAACAGAAAGGUGUCGCCCCCUGAUUGACAACUGAUGACCUUGACAGACACAUUUUUGUACUCUGCGUCCAGUUCUCAGGCCAGGAGGUCAGGAAGUCUAAAUAAAGGGAGCUAAAAGAGCUGAUCCAA